GGGGAGCUCGGGGAGUGAGUGGAGAGAGGAGAAAGGCAGAUGUGCUGGUGUCAUGUUGGUUGGAACAGUCUUCCCACCUUGUGGUAACACGGUGAACUGUAGCUGCAUAGGAGCAUGAGCGAGAGCGGGAGGCGGGGGGCGAGUGAGCGAUAGCAAGAGAGGAAGAGAGGGAGAGAGAGGAAGGGAGGGAGGGAGAGAGAGUGUGAGAGAGAGAGAGAGAGAGGAGGGAGAGGGGUGAGUGAAACGAAAGUGAGCGAGGGAGAGAGAGCAGGGGAGAGUGAGAGAGCGAAGGCGAGAGAGGGAGUUUAAACUAAGAGCUAUGUUUUGGGACUAGCUAAUCUGAAGCCGAGCUGAGUGAGGAUCGGAGUGCAUUGUGUGAGUCUGUGUGCGGGGGACAGAUAAGCCAAGACGCCCGCCAGCCCGACAGCUUGUUUUCAUGUGCUGACUCUGGGGAGAUUAAAAAAAAAUAUAUUGACUCUUCAGUCGUGUGCCGAGACCCUGGGCACGAGCUCCACAUUGAACUGAGGUGUAACCAAAAAACAGGAGGAAAAGGGACAAUAUAAGACAAUAGCAAGCAAGCCGCUGUAGAGGAUUUUUUUCCCCCUCUAUCUCUCCUUUUUUUAAUCUGUUCAUUUUUCUUUCUUUUUUGCUUGGGACUGUCUCCCAUCUCCCUGUAGAGGAAGGGAGACAUCUGCUGAAGAGGAGCCGCUCGCGAGAAAAUAAUAUUUACUAAAUCACAGCCAGGACGGUGUGGGGGAAAAAAAGCCUUGACAACAAGAUGUUUGAAAUCAGCCGGACACUCAAUGCUGCUUUGUUGAGCAAUGAGCAUCUCAAGAUGAUGGUGAGGUUCCCCCAGCACUCGGGACUAGCCCCUGCUGAAGGCUCCAUCCCUGAGAUGCGGUCGCUGCUCUUUCCCAGAGACUUGCCCUCCACCCACAGGGGCUCCAGUUCACCUUUGGGAUCGACUGAGACUCAGUGGCGUCAGACAGAGCUCCCGCAGCUACAGGGCUGGGCAGAGAAGGGAUUGCUGACGCAGCCAAAGAUGAUAAUCAGCAACAUGGAGCCUCAGGUCACGAACGGACCCAGUGCCACCACGGCCAACGGGCCUUCUAGCAACAGCCGCAGCUGUCCCUCGCCCAUGCAGUCGGGCGGGUCCAACGACGACAGCAAGACCAACCUUAUCGUCAACUACCUGCCCCAGAACAUGACCCAGGAGGAGUUCCGCAGCCUGUUCGGCAGCAUCGGAGAGAUCGAGUCCUGCAAGCUGGUGCGGGACAAGAUCACAGAUGGAAGUCCACAGACCACAGACGGCGGGAAGUGGCUGGCUGGACAGAGUCUUGGCUAUGGCUUUGUCAACUACAUAGACCCAAAGGAUGCAGAGAAAGCCAUCAACACAUUAAACGGACUCAGACUUCAAACCAAAACUAUCAAGGUGUCGUACGCACGCCCCAGCUCGGCCUCCAUCCGUGAUGCCAACCUGUACGUGAGCGGCCUGCCCAAGACCAUGACCCAGAAGGAGCUAGAGCAGCUCUUCUCCCAGUAUGGACGCAUCAUCACCUCCCGCAUCCUCGUCGACCAGGUCACAGGCCCCACAGGAGGCUCGCGAGGCGUGGGCUUCAUUCGCUUUGAUAAGAGGAUAGAGGCGGAGGAGGCCAUCAAGGGCCUGAACGGGCAGAAGCCGUCCGGCGCCGCCGAGCCCAUCACCGUCAAGUUCGCCAACAACCCCAGCCAGAAGACCAGCCAGGCGCUGCUCUCCCAGCUCUACCAGUCCCCCAACCGCCGAUACCCCGGACCCCUGCACCACCAGGCCCAGAGGUUCAGGCUGGACAAUUUGCUUAAUAUGGCCUAUGGCGUAAAGAGGUUCUCCCCCAUCACCAUUGAUAGCAUGACUAGCCUGGUGGGGAUGAACAUCCCGGGCCACACCGGCACAGGCUGGUGCAUCUUUGUCUACAACCUGUCCCCCGACUCAGACGAGAGCGUCCUGUGGCAACUGUUCGGGCCCUUCGGCGCUGUCAACAAUGUCAAGGUGAUCCGCGACUUCAACACCAACAAGUGCAAGGGCUUCGGCUUCGUCACCAUGACGAACUACGACGAGGCGGCCAUGGCCAUCGCCAGCCUGAACGGCUAUCGGUUGGGCGACCGCGUCUUGCAAGUCUCCUUCAAGACCAACAAGACCCAUAAGUCUUGAAUGCUCCCAGUACCUCUCGAAAAACCCCUGCCCACCACAACAACCCAACCUUACAGCCGCCCAACACAACAACACCAGACAGGAACACAACAUACCCACCAACGACGUCAAAAUAAACUGGAAAUGGCUUAUAACAUUACUGGACCUAUAAGCCAAUGUUGCCUAAGUAUAACAUACACGAAAAAAAAGAGAAAUGUCCAAUGAUUUGAAAUCAGCCUGUGCUGAUGCAGGAAUCCUGUUGUAUAUCCUUUGAGUUUAUGUGGUUGUAUUCUCUCUUGUUUCCUCUCUUCUCUGUAAAACAGUAGCAAAUACCAGUCCCCCUGGCCCCUUCUUAUUUGAAAGAAGAGAAUGUCCUUUAUUGAUUCAGGAUUUUCUUUCUUUUUUUAAUCCGGAUUCCACUGUCGUUAGAAUUAUUCCUCCCGCCAAAAAACAGGGAGGGGGCUCUCUUUGAAAAUAGGUGAUCAUUCAUUCAUUCUCUUUGGUGUGUAUUAAAAUAGAAAACCCCUGAUUGAAUUAGAAGGGAUGAUACCAUCCUUUUCUUUUUUUCUUUAAUGCACACGAAAAGAAAUUUCUAACAUUUUUUUGUUUUGUAUUGCAAGCAAAACACAUGUCUUUCCUCACUGGGGUUUGGGAUAAGGGAAGAGGGAAGGGACGGGGGUAGCUUUCCUGAAGACACGUUGAGUGAUUUAAAAAAAAAAAAAACACUGUUGCCAAAGAGAAGAUCUCUUUGCUUGAAAAUGCGUUUAGAAAAAAAUAA